AUGGCUAACUUCGAUCCGAACCGCCCGCCGGGUGGCUUCUCGUAUCCGCAAAACUUGAACAGUUAUUACCCCCAGGACCUCCCGCAGGACUUGCAGGACAUUCCUCGUACCCCGACGACUGUGUACGUGGACGCUUUCCAGGGCGGGUAUCCGCAGCAGCAGGGCCAGGGCUACCAUGGCCAGGCGCAAUAUCGCCAGGACCUGCAGGCCCCUGGCCCCUACAGCCCGGCCGACCACGUGCAGGCGAGCUACAGCUAUGCCCCAACGGCCCUCCUCCCGACUCCCGUCGCGCAGCACCCCGGCGUGCCGCCCCCGUCCUUUGCGGCGGCCCCCGGGGUCUACGUCUACGCCCAGACGCAGACGCAGGGGUACGCCGGCGGCGUGCCGGUCGCUUACGCCGUGCCGCAGACCGCCCCGGCCGGCCUGCCGUCCACUUACGCGCUGCCGCUUCCGCCGCCGCCCCCUGGCCCGCCCCCGGCCAUCAGCUGGGACAACCACAUGCAGGGAAGCGUUAUGCCGGCGCUGCAGCCGGGCCUGGUGAAGCAGGCAGCCGGACUCUACCCGGGCUAUCAAAUCGAUCCGCAUUACGCGCUGCCGCCGUCGCAGCAGCAGUAUCCGAACAGCCCCUCCGUGGACACCUUCUCGGCGGCGGCCCCGACGCAUGCCGCGCCGGCCGGAAAGAGCGGCCUGUUCGGCGGCCUCGUCAAGGGCGUGGUGAGCGUCAGCAAGCAGGCCGUCGAGGCCGUCAGGCAGGACUACAGCGCCGCCCAGGGCCGGAACAACGCCGCCCCGUCGUCCUUCCAGGGCGGCGUCGGCUUGAGUCAACCGGUGCCGCCGCUCCCCCAGCGCCACAGCAGCCUGCAGCAGGACGCACCGAUGCAGCAGGACUUGUCGUACAUAGCGCCGCAUAUUUUGCAGGGGCAGCAGCAGGUGUUGCUGCCGCAGCCGCAGCCGCAACCUAACAGCCCCGUGCAGGUCGCCGUCGGUCCUUACGCCGUGACGACGCGCGAAGCUGUUGCGCUGACGCCGCCGCAGCCGGUCGUCGUCGUCGUCGAUCAAUCCGCGGAGCAGCAGCAGCAGCAGCAGCAGCCGGCGGCCCCGAAGCAGGAGAUCAAGCGCAAGGCCAUCGGCGCGCAGGUCCGGGCGAUGGGAACCGGCGCCGUCCACUUUGUAAAGUCGGACAAGGGCGCGAGCCUGCUGAGCGGCGCCGCCUCGGCGCUCAAUCUGAUCGCCUCUGCGGCCGAUCCCCAUGAUCCGCAGACGGCGAGCCUGAAGCUCCUCAACACGGCGGUGCAGUCGCAGGCGCAAAAGAGCAAGGCCAAGCAGGAGCCAAGGGAGGCCGCCGACGAGUCCGGCGCGGCGUUGUCUGAGGAGACGCCGGGUAGUAGUACCAACACGACCUCGACGGCGGCCGAGCCAGCCAGCCGCGAGGUCGAGAAAACGACGACAGAAAAUCCCCUCGCCAGGCUGACGCCCGAGCAGCUCUCACUGAUCAUCGCCAUGGCGGCACACCUGCAGCAGCAGCAGCAGGUGGCCGUGGAGCACGCGAACGUUGUCGUAGCUGAUCCUGGCGAUCCAGAUGUGCCUGACCUGAGCACGCUCAGCGUCCAAGAAGACCCGCCAGAGACCAGCAUCGAGUAUCUUCAGCCGACGCCGCGCGACACCGCGGCCCCCACCGUCGUCGUCGUUCCCACAUCCGGUCCGAUGACGGCCUCGACUAGAGAGAGCGAGGAAGCUGCCGAGGAGCAGGAGGCGGAGGGUCCCUCUAACCUGCAGAGGGCAGGCAACGUCGGCAAGGCGUACGUCAACAUUGCCACCAAGGCCAACACCAACCCCCUCGGCACCAGCAUGGCAAUGUGGAGCGAGGUAGGCCGGCAGUUCAACAAGUAUCGCGCCAAGCAGGCCAGCGGAGAGGGCGUCCCACGGACCGCCGGCGAGAAAGCCUCUGCCUUUGGCAAGGCUCUGAUGAAGAGCAUCGAGCGCGUGGGUGCGCCCGCUGAAGGUCAGGACAACAGCCUGGCCAGUCUGGCGCAGCGCUACCAAGAGUCCCAGGCGGUCAAAGUUGGCAACCUAGAGCGCGCCCUCGCCGGAGACUACAAGUACUUGAAGACCGGCAAUGGGUGGCGCGAGGAGAAUGCUUACGCGCUGGGCGCUAACGGGCGCUUUUCUUUCUCAAUCGGCAGCAGUUGCGUCGCCUACUCCAUCGACCAGCGGGCUUCGGCCUACGCUUACGACCGCCGCAACCCGACCGGGACCUGGAAAGCCCAGGGCGACGUCAACAGCGGGACUCUCAUCUUGACCCACGACGACGGCAGCGUCGAGCACCGUUCCUACGAGCAUGUCGGUGGCAAGUUCUUCGUCAACGGCCUGCGCUGGUUCUCGGUUUGAGCCGAAAUGUCAACGGGGAGUCGUCGCGGAACGGAUACUUAAUGUUAAUUCUAUCCACAGGGCGCCAUGAUGGAUUAGGACGAUAGUGACGCGGUUCAUACUUGAUUGCUUUUCCUUGUGCUCUACCCUACACUCUCAGAUCCUUCCUCUUCUUGGUAUUUUGCAAGAUCCGUGAGUCUACGAGAAGACGAGCGGUAGGUAACUACUUGAGAGGAAAUAAGAUAUCACAGUCUAUUUUGCU